CGCAGCAAGGGAGCUAUUGCGCAAGCGCAGAGUCUGAAAGUGGAAAGAGGAAGGGGCGUGAUUCCUUUUGUUACCUUAGUGAUAACAGAUACCUAGGCUUCGAGCGAUGCUUCAGAAAGUGCUUGGGUAAACAUAGUUGUGGGACGGUCUAUUCAAGUCAUGCUUACAUAUAAUCUUGUAUACGUUUUCUUGAAAGUAAAUGCCGCUAUAUUUCAGGGGAUUCGCCCCAGUAAGUACCUCCGAGGGUCGUUGGUAGGACUACUCGGCAUGUCUUAUUCAGAGCGAAGUCCAUUUUCAGUGGGUAAGCGGAUACAGGAUGGAAGCCUAAAUACAUCGCAGCAAAAACGUUAUUUUGGCGCCUUAAAGACGAACAAGUUUAAGUGGCAUCAUCUGCAGACUGGUCUACUUUCAGCUGAUAUAUGUCAUCCCCGGUUGCAAGAUGCUUCCUCUACUACACUCUCACCUGCCAACUAGAAUGCAUCUGAGGAAGUGGACUCUUGUCCACAAAAGCGGGAGGGGGCCACAAUGCUUCGGCUUUGUGGUGCUUUGUCUUGCCCUCUUCCCAAACAAUGCCAGCAUAGUAGCAUUUCUGCUGCCAAAAGUUUGCAAGCAAUCGCAGAAAGGACAGAGACCUACAAGAAGCUCCUUUCGGGCGCGUAUCGCAUGCAUAAAUCCAUAUAUACUUCCAAACGAGAAUAGGUAUUUAUAGAUAUCUAUCUGUGUGUGUGUGUGUGUGUGUGUGUGUACACACAUACGCGUUUGUUUCUUUUUUAGUUGCUCCUGAAAGUGUCCCCUCCUCAUCCAAGGAGGAUCCCUCCUAGACAAGGCGACCCGCCCCCCGUCUAAAACAGCCUCUCCUCCGGAGCCCUUCACGGGACGCCGCGCGGGCACAAGCGCCCCGCCCCUCCCUGCCCGCCAUGUCGCCCCUCCCCCAGCAGCAGCAGCAGCAGCAGCAGCAGCGAGAGUGACCGGGCGGGAACCCGGAAGCGCUUUCCCUUCCCGGUGACACCUCAGCAGCCACCUCAGCCGGAGGAGUGAGGUGGCGUCGGGACAGUUAGCGAGCCCACCAUCCUGCCGGCGCGGCGCUUCCCCCCCGGCGUAUGUUCUGUCGCUGCCUCUUGGCUUCCGCGGCUCGUGUCGGUCCCUCGGCUCCUCGGCUGGGCGCGGCGGCGGCGUCCUUGGCUUCUUCCGCCCCUUCCCCUCGCUUGCUGCUCCUCAUGAAGCCGGUGGUUGUGUUCGUUCUCGGCGGGCCUGGCGCCGGAAAGGGGACCCAGUGCGCCCGCGUUGUGGAGGUAAGGGACGGAAAGGGCACCUCGUCUCUUCUCCCUCUUUCUUCCCUCCGCGAUAGAACUACCAUGCCUAGCAAGCAGCGCGCCCGUAGAAGCGCCCUAGUCCCUGUCAACCGGCGCCCAGAGGAUGAUGGGGGUUGUAGUUGUGACCGACUUGGCUUGUGGCCCUCGAGAUUCUCAAAAGGUUUGGACCCGACUCGAUACCGGUGGGAUCAAAUAUGCUACGAGUCUGGUGUUGAGGCUCGGAGCUAGAAAUAGCAGUUGCACGGUAAGCAGGGCAACGGAUCUUAUACGAUACAGGUGAUAACACGUGAUAAUAAAAGAAUCUUUUCUUUUCAACAGAAAAAAUAAAUAAAUAAGCAAAAGCUGUAGACGUCUCAGGGAUGCUUCAGGGGAAGGUAUUCCACAGUCAGGCACAGAAAAGGACAGAUCCUCGGUAACUAAGCAGGUGCUUAUGGAAGGAGGUGGUGGUUAUAUUGCGGGCUAGAAAAAGCUUGGGUUCAAUGCGCAUCUAAACCUCUGGUAUGAUUGUUUCUGUUAGUAACCUAUGAAGAUCCUAUGUAUGGAGGGUAAAGAGGGGGGAAAGCAAUUUUGUGCACCUUUGCAUUCAUUCUUUAAUUGGGGAAUGGUUCAAGCUAUUCAACUCUCAUGGCUUCCAACUAAUUGAAAGAAUCUUCAUAAUCAAUAAGCUGCUGGUCUUAAGAUUCGUUGGGAGAUGCUGUUGGGUUUAAACCGACUUGAGUUUGUAGUAUAAGUAUGCCCCUAAGUUCUAGAAACUCGCAUCAAGGUGUAAAACCAUGUCCACCUUCAAGGCUACAAUUACACGUUGAGGGGGUAUGAGGCAAGUACACACAGCACUUCUGCCUUAGAAAGCUUGUUGGGAAGAACCAAGGAGUGGUCUACUUAAGCCUCUCUCUCUUGAGGCAGGCAGGGUUUCCUCUGCAGGCUUGGAGACCGCAAACAUAACUUGUUAAAAAUAAGGGUUGGUAUGAGUCUCAAAUUUUGUGGCACUAUAAAACCUUAAAAGUCCAAUUUAUGCUGAAAUCAAAAGUUGGCAACACAAUUAGGUCAUAAAUGGUAUAAAUGCAUGUUGAGUUAUGUGUUCUAAUACCUUAUUCCACUCUGAAUGUAACCUUUUCUGUAAUCUGUGGUGAUCAUGAAAGCAUACAUUGUGGCUCAGUGCUUAAUCCUUCGGUUUAGCUUUCAACUUAAUCAAUUGAAACAAAAAAUACGAUUUUGACUAGUUUCUCAGUACCAUUGCAGUACUACUAAUGGUAAUCUUACACCACAUACAGUCAUGAGCAAAGGAAGGAAUAAGGCAUAGGUCACAUGUCACAAUGAUUCUUAGUAAUGACUUACAGCUUGGGUGUGGCUCCCAACUGUAAAACUACUUGCAUUGCGUCACUAAGAUCCAUUAUUUGUAUUGGCAAAAUGCUGACCAGAAAAGAUUGUCUUACAAGGCAAGGAAUGCAGUACACAUUUUACCCCAGCCUUUUAAGAUCCUCAUAACUGAGGAUUUUUGCUAUCCAGUAUAUGAAGGAGAGAACACAAUUUUGCCCUUGCUGCAAAAGUGCCCUCAAGUGCAGUAAUUUACUUGUCUGAAUAGGUAUGACCAGAAAAAACUCUGAUGUAUAUAGGAUAAAGUAAAGGGUUGCACUUUGGAAUACAAUCUGUUCCCUGCUUUGGAUGACAUCACUAUUUUGAAAUAAGUGAAGCAAAGACAAGACUUUCCAUAUACAACAAUGUCAUAUCUUUCAUUUCAGUCCUGGCUACAUUUCCAGCCCUGUCUUAAAUGUUGCACAGCAGAAUGUCACAGGAUUGUUACCAUACUUAUCUAAUUACAUCAUACAGCCACCACAUUACAAUCAUCUGGGUGGUUGUAAAAAUUGAGGUCUACAGUUGCACUCUCUGCAAAUAUAGUGAAUUCUGGAAGUGGAGUAAAUGGCUCUAUACAGGCAGUAGGGCACAUUUAUUUCAGUGCAGUGCUUUCAAGAAAGUAUACAUAAAAUUGCAUCUUAAGAUUUUUUUAAAAAAGUUUAAUGUAUUGUACAAAGCAGUUAAGUCAGAAUAUGCUAACUGAGUUGUGGGUUAGAUUUACAGAUACAUAAAUGGGUGCCAAAUAGAGAUUUAUUUCUGCCUGUUCUCUUCUAUAGAAAAUGUUUUUAAAACCAUAAUCCUCAACUGUAGACAGAAAUACUGCAUGCUGGUGUGAGGGUUUUCAGGGUAAAACUUCUUAUGAAAAGCUUUGAUUUAGGUUAUAGCUUCUGUAGGUAAUAUUAGGAAUAACAGACUUAUUAUUUAUAUACAACAUUAGUUUAAAAUAUGUAGUAAGGCUAUGGAGCACACCACUAGGAUCCUUUGAGAGAUAUCAGUAUGCAAAAUUUUGCCUUGAUGUUUUACAAAGUAACAUACAUUUCACUGAGAUUUAGGUGAAUGUGUACAGUAUUCCUAACAUCGUCUUCUAGCAUAACUUUCCUUUAGUCCUCUGUUGGUGGAACAGGAAUUCAAUGAAAUUGUUCCUGCUUUGGCAUCUGUUGGGUUGGUGUAACAUCUACAUAUUGUGCUAGCCAAAUUAACGUUCUAAAUUCAGAGCAGUAAACAGUAAUUAUAUAAACAAGCAGAAACUUAUGGUGCAAUUACACACCCACCCACACACACACCCACCCUGCUCUUUAGCCAGGUGGCUUACAGAGCAGUAAAAGCAAGGCAAGGUAGACUCCUGCCCUCAGGCUUGCAAUGUAAAAGAUGCAUCAGAAAAAGAAAACGGAGAGGAAGGAAGGAAGGAGAAAAUAAGCAAGCUUGGAUAACAAUUCUAAGUUACAAGUUCCUAUAAUGAUUAGUUAGGAUGGAAGCAGUACAGGAAGAGGAGAAACCAAAAUCUACUGCUCUCCAUUGCCUUGCAUCCUUUCUCUUUUUCUGCUACAGCUUGAUGGAAUGAUUCUGUUCAGGUGACAGUAGUAUUUGAUAACACUUGUAACAAAAUGAUAACCUUAUUUUCAGUUAAUUGUUCAGAAGUUAUCAAUUGCUAUUAACAGUUAUGAUUGUUGCAUGCUACUUUCAAAUUCAGAGGCACAAUGUUUCUGAAUACUAGUCACUGGAGAGCAAUGUUGGAGAGGUCUACAGGCCAAUUGAUGCGUGUCCAGUUGACACAUGACCUUGCACAUGUGCAUCCCCACAACCUGGAAGUGGCUGGGAAAGGGAGUGGGGCAGGCUUAAUGUGUGCUUCACCAACAGCAGGGGAGUCAGGAAAACAACCCUUGUGCAAAACAGUCGUUGCCUAUAUUGUCCUUCCUACUGUGCUUGUGGGUUGGCCACUGUGGGAAGCAGGAUACUGGUCUAGAUAGGUCCCUUGUCUGAUCUGAUGGGGCUGCCCUUAUAUUCUUAACAUUGCCAGCUUUCCUUGACACCUGGAUUGAAUUGUGAGUCAUUUGUCCAAGUGAGCUUGCUAUAAGGGAAAUUCAGCGUAUUUUAAAAUCCUGUUGAUUACAUGAAGGUGUUGAGGAAAUGGAAAACAUAUUAACUAAUAGGUUUCUGCAAAGUUCCAUAGAGGAAAUAACUCCAACAAAUGUGAGAGUUCUUACAAAGUUACAUAUUAAACUUUGGUGAGGGAGCCUAAAGGAAAAUGUUCUAUGCAUAUGUGGAUUGCAUGUUGUCUUUUAGUAAUAGUGAUGCAUGUGGUGCAUUUAAAAAGAAUACGUACCAAUUUCAUUUAAGAUGUUGCUUAUACUUAAUUAUAAGAUAUUUAAAUGUAUAUUUUUCUUUUAGAAAUACGGUUACACACACCUCUCAGCAGGUGACCUGCUUCGAGAUGAGAGGAAGAGACCGGGCUCUCAAUAUGGAGAGCUCAUUGAAAGUUACAUUAAAGAUGGAAAAAUUGUUCCUGUUGAGAUAACCAUCAGCUUGUUAAAGAGGGUAAGAUUUUAACACUGCGCUGAGUAUACAGUUUUCCAUGGGGAGCUAUAACAAAACAAAACAAAACAGCUUAAAACAAAACUUUCACGUGGUUAGAUAAAAAUUUGCUUUCCCUUUGUUAUUAGCUAACAAAAACAUGCAAGGCCAGUGGGGGGGGGAGCUUUUUCAGCUUGACCGCUGCAUUCCCUUGUGGGUAGUCUUCAAGGGAGGGGCACAUGCACACAUUCCAGCCAGGCAAAAGAACUCUCAAGAGGUGUGUGGAGCAGAACUAAUGCUAAGUGGAAGCCCAAGUGCCAGGCAGAGAGGUCUGGAGGACUACAUUCAGGCUCCAGGCCUGAGAUUUCCCACUGCUGUGCAAGACAGAUAGAUGAAUUACUUUUGUACCUGUUAUGUUUUUCAUAAAAAACAAUGCUUUUCUCUUUAGGUUUGCCAGAACCCUAUGUGGAACAGAAACCAGCAGAUAUUUGGUCUUUAUGAAUACACUGAUCCAUUGGGACUUCUGUCUAUAUUAUUGCACUUUAUAUGUUGUUAAAUGCAAGAUAAACAUUUGAUAUUGUGAUAAGAAUAUAUAGAAUAGUAUCGUUUAUGUGAAUGCACAGCCGGUUACGUCUUGUGUGCUUUAGAGCCCAGAGAUAGGCAAAUCACUCAUCUACGAAGGAUGUUUUUUAUUAAUAAAUGCUGUACUCCAUUGCUGCAAGUAAUUGGACUACAUGGGCUAUAUAUUUAGGAUUCAUUUGGCUAGAGCAUGAUGCGGAUAAUGUCAAGGUUGCAGGUUCGAUUCCUGUAAGGACAGCUGCAUUUACCUGUAUUGCAAGGGGUUGGACUAGAUGAUCCUCAGAGUCCCAAUUCUGUGAUUGGAUCCAGAGUUGCCAUUCUGUGAAGGGAAGUGGCUGAGAUCCUGCAAGGACUCCCUUUGGAGAAAAGGAAGGGAGAAGCAAUUCUCUUUCAUCCCUUUUGUAGCUCUCACUGCCAUCUCCUAUUCUGAUCUAUGAAAUCCUCCGCCUUUCAGAACAUCUUCUCCUCAAGUUGCAGAGUGAACAAGGAAUGAGUGGAAACUGUCUCUCCCCUGUUUCCUUCUGUGUGAAUGUCCCAUCUAUUUUAUUUUUGUGGUAGACAUUUGUUCAUUAAAAUGCUUUUCCAGUUGUGCCAUAAGUAUAUUGGUAUUAAGAUAGUAUGGAAUUAACUUUAAGGUUGCAAGAAAUGUAUUUGGUACACCUAUAACAGUUCACAUGAAAAGCACACGUGUAUUUGUAGUACAGGGGGAUUAUUACUUAGAUGUCACAAUACUAUGCUUGUAGAAAAUCAUGUUUAAUAUGAGCUCUCUGUUACCCAUCAGGCUAUGGAUGAAACUAUGGAAGCCAAUGCACAGAAGAAUAAAUUCUUAAUUGAUGGAUUUCCCAGAAAUGAAGACAAUCUUCAGGGCUGGAACAAAACCAUGGAUGGAAAAGCAGAUGUAUUGUUUGUUCUCUUUUUUGAUUGUGACAAUGAGGUAAUCACAAUAUCAAGACACUUGCAACUUUCCUCUGUGCUGUAUGAAGAGAGACAAUGAAAAAUGUUCCAUUGUUCCAUUUCUCUUUUCCCUUCUAUACAUUUUGAUACUAAUUACAGUAUGUGUUAAUUGGUUCCUUCCCACAAUAAGCCUAGAUAAUUUUGUGGCAAAAUUGUCUCGCAAUUACAAUUAACUGACAUGGUGGAAAAAUGUUCUAUUGAACUGUCCCAUAGCAGAAAGAAGUAUUGGUUACCAGAGCACAAUUAGAAUUGUAGAAAGUGGGAGAUAUCUUUUUUUCUUUUGCUUCCAGCAGUGAAGAAGUUUUUGCGAGCACUGAUAUUCUAUAGUAUUCAGGCAAAAUUAAUUCUUAUAUCAACCACCUCUUUCCCCCAGUUCUGUCAUCUUGAAAAAUCACUUUGUCCUUUGCAUUAGAUAGGGUAUUCUCUUUAGGAAAUAAAAGACUGCAUACAUUCUUGGAUGCUGUACAUAAACGAUAGUUCAGUAUAUGUGUUGUAUUUUGCCUGGUACAGUGAAUUUCAGUGGAUAAUUAGACUUCAAGGGCUUUUACCACAGUAUGCUAGGUCCGUUUUGGAGAUGCCUUUCUGUUCUACUGAUUGUGAAAUGUCAGAUUUCACGUUGCUGGAAUAAGGUCUAAGUUCUUAUUUCACUUAAAAGUUUCCAAAAGUGGUGUUAUCGAUAUACAGCAUAAGUAAUUGAAGGUAAGCUGAAUAUAUUAAUGCAAAAUGUUUAAUUUUGUCUUGUAGUACAAGCUUUAGUCUUGUACCUUAAAAAAGCCAAGUAUUUUGUUUACUUUUUGUAGCUUCAUGUUUUGAUAGUGGCUUCAUGUUUCAAUAACACUUUUAUUUUUAAGGUAUGUAUUAACCGUUGCCUUGAAAGAGGAAAGAGCAGUGGCAGAAGUGAUGACAACAGAGAAAGUCUGGAAAAAAGGUACUGUGUCCAUGCAUAAUUUCUGUGUUAGACUUCCUGAUGCUUUUCAAUUUCACGACUUUGCUGUAUCUUUCUUUCCCUUAGAAUCCAUACAUAUCUAGAGUCUACCAAGCCCAUAAUAGACCUCUAUGAGAAAAUGGGCAAAGUUAGGAAAGUAGAUGCCUCUAAAUCUGUUGAUGAGGUAAGUUGUGAAGAGAGAAGGUUUGGUUUUGAAUUUCUUUACAUGACCUAUUAACCACACACAAGCACCAGGAUUUUCUUAGGGCUUAAAUAUCCCAACUCUUCAUUGCAUUUUAAAUUAUCUUCUUUGUCUUACAUGGGGAAGAUACCAGGUAAAUCUGUGGUCAGCGUUAAAACAGAAAUGUCUUAACGGUCAAGCAAUUUACACCUAUUUUCAGUUCAUCAAUUCAAAACAGCUACCCAGAUCCCAGUCACAAGCAUGGCUGCACAUAAGAUUGAAAGUGUGUGCAGGGGGUUUCUUCAGGGCACCAUGCGUACAGGAAUAGGGCAUGGAUCCAAGUGCAGUGUACUUCAUCCUACAAUUGGCAUGCCCUUAUUGUCUAAGACAGGAUGGCACAAUGGUUGAUGUGGUUGGCACAGUGAGACAGAGCUGCAGCAAUAGCAUUAGCAUUGCUUCUACUUACCAAGAGGGGGAGCCCUGAGGUGGCACUGAGAUUGGAAUUUUGAGAGCACAUUGAUAUGAGCACUAGAUUGAGACUUCCGGGUUGGCGCCAUUGCCGAAUGGCGGACUCCCUCCGAGCUCCGGAGGGAGUCUGCUCGGCAGGGGCUGGGUCCUACCGCGCCGGCGACGCGGGGACCCUUAAAAACCACGGGCACGGAGUCCGUGGACAUGGGUGACUCGGCUUGCACCAUUAGCGCCCUCCCGACUCGUGAAGGAGCCUUUUUAAAGGCUUCGGAUCGGGUGCCGGGGAGCGGCGUGGUGCUUUGAGUCCUCUGCUUUCCCUGCCGAGCGCAGCCGCAUGCCAUUCGACGGAGAGCGCUGACUUCUUCCAUUGAAAAUUUGGACUAUUAACAACAACCCGUGAGUAAUUGGGAAACCGGGUUUAAAAUUUUGGAUUUGGCACGAGCGGGGGCGAUUUAAAAAGGAAGUCAAUCCCCCCCCCCUACUGUAAGCAUUCCAAAACAAGGACUGGGUAACCAAGGUCCAAAGGGAAGUAUAUUCUUGAUAAAAACCAUUAAUUUCACGAUGGGAAAUUAUAAGAACUGUGCUGGAGGAGAAGAGUGGAGGGUGAGAAGAAAAAUGCAACCCCCCCCCCCUGGGAACCGGGGCGAUUCGUGGAGCCUGGUGAAGAGAGACGGAGACUUUGACAGCUGUCAAAGUGGCUGUCAAAGUUGGAGAAUAUAAAGAGGACUUUGUUAUGAGGACUUUGCCGGUUAAUUUUGCUACAAUUUGCUACAAUAUGGAUAUAAACUGUUGGAAAAUAAGCAACAAUUUGACUUUUGGAUUAGAGGAUACAAAGUUAUUACAAACCCCUAGAGGGGUUUCGGGAUAUUACAAGAACGGUCGUAAGUGGAAAAAUACUCUGGGAUCCGCACAGGACUUGUUAUCUUUUGGGAAAGCUGCAAAACUGAAAUAGUAUUUUGUCUACAGAGGUAUUUACAUUAAAGGAGACAAUAGAAUUUUCUAUUGAAGAAAGGAAGGAACUGGACGUAAGUUUUUGUUCCUGAAUAACAAACCUCUGCAGAGAUACCAGAUUUCUGAAUUAGAAAGUUUUAGCAGCCGAACAGGACAAGAAACCUGAGAAAGUGAGGAAAAGAAGAACAAAGGACUGAUUACGACACGGAAAGAACAAUGGGAGGAGUGGUAAAGAUCAAGGAAAUUAAAGGCCUUUGUUAGAUUGGACACUUGAAGUUACAUAUUAUUAAUAAAUUAAAAGAAAACCGGCAAGAUGGAAUCGGGGAGAAAUUUGGUCAUGAAUUGAGACUUCCAAGCUGAUAAUGCAUAGACUGAUGGAUAUGGGGAAUUCAAACCGCGCAAGCGGGGGAGAUUUGAAAUCCAAAGGCUGUGUAACCAUCUUUUGAAUUUUUCUAUAUCUUUUAUCUUUUAUAUUUUUACAUAACUUACGCAUGUCAUUUUAUUUUGAUUGGACGUGUUUAAAAAAAGGGAACUCGUGGAAGGAACUGGGGUGGAUCUUGGGGAAAAUCUUUUUUCUUUUCUUGUUAAUGAUGUGGGACGGUGGUAAGAUUUGUACAAUUCAAUUUGGAUAGUGGGUUAAAUAAAUUAAGCUUCAAAUUGGGAGUGAGAGCUUGUAGAACUAAAUUAAGGAAAGGGAAUACAGUCGGGGGGAGGGGGAGUCCCAGAACGCAGGCAAGGAAAGUAAGGUUUUUAAAUAUCUCUUUUUCUUUUUCUUUUUUUUCUUUGUAUUUUUAUAUUUUUGGAAACUUUAAUAAAUAUGAUUUAAAAAAAAAAAGAUAUGAGCACUAGAUUCUCUGCCAGUAUGUCCAUGCAGUCCUGACCUCCCUUGCCACUUUGCCCUUCCUCUUCUUGGUAAGUGUUAGUGACUUGGCUGCAGAAUCCUGAGCUUGCACUCCAGGGAUCACACUAUAAAUUUGAUUGCCAGGAUUGGAAGCUCCUUGAGACCCUCCAUUAUAGUUUCUGAUUUUUGUACUGCAGAUGACAUUCAAAUGUUCAAAUCAGUGCAACCAAAAAUUAUUAUCAAGGGGACAAUCUAUAUAGUGAAGACAGGCAGUUGAAAUACAACUAUGGCCUUCUGUCAGGAGAACAGACACCAUUAGUUUCCUUCUAUCCCCUGAAAUCCUCUAUGCACCCCCAAAAUCUGCAAAAGAUUUGGGACCCUUGAGCAGAUAAGUAGGAGAGGGGCAGAAGUCUCAUUGUGUGAGUGGAAGUUUUCUUGUGCAUCACAGUAUCAUCCACAGGCCUCACAUUAACUUCAAUGACAGAUAUAUCAGUUAGAAAAUACUGAUUUCACUGUCAAUCCCGUCCCUUCUGUGUUUCAUUGACUACCUGACUUCCAAGCUGCCUCCAUCACUGCUCUAAAACGUUUACAUCUGUUUUCACCUCUAAUUGCCUUAGGCUGGGUGCUACAUGUGCAUGGUGGUAGAUUGUAACUUGAAUAGGCCUGUUGAACAUAGUGAUUAUAAGAAACUCACAGUACCAUCCCUUUUAAGGCUCUGAACGCUUUGUGUUAGUGUUUGUCCUGCCUUUUUAUACUAUGAAUGUGUUUUUAGCUUUUACUCUCUUUUAGCUUUAUGUUUUAAUGUGCAGUGUGUGCUUUCUUGAUACAUCACUUGAGUUUAUUUUUUCAUUUUUAAAAAGCAGCUAAUAAGUGCAAUAAAUAAUUGUUUGCAGUAUUCAUGAAACGUGCUUGUUGGUAUAAUGUAGAAAAAUUAUGUAAUGUCUUUUCUUUUGCAGGUUUUUGGCAAAGUUGUGAAGAUCUUUGAUAAAGAAGGCUAGUUCUCUACUUGAACACUGUUUUCAAACUUGCUUGAAUCUUGCUUUAAGAGCUGCUACUAUAGUUCAUUUUAUAAUGGUGAUAAAAUAUGCCUUUUUAAACACUUUUGUGUUGAAAACAGUUUAAAAAUGGUUAAUUUGAAAGCCUGGUUUAAAAUAUGAGUUAGAAUUAGAUAUGGCUUGUCAUUAAGAUAGAUACAGUCAAAAAGAUUUGCAACUGGUAAAGAACCCUAAUUGCAGAACAAAAAUAGUAAUUAAAUGCUAAUCCUAGCUAUUUUCAGAAAGCAUCUGGUGAUCCCCUUAAUUUGUCUUUUCUUACUGUCCAAAGCCAUGUUGUUUUUUAGAAUCCCGUAUACUGAAAUUGUAAAUAUAAGUAAGAGGGCCUGUUGAAUUUCUUUUCGGUUUCUUUUUCUUUUAGUUUUGGACCAAAUAUGGGGAAAUCAUAUGUGUUUUUUAAAAAUAUAUAUGAUAUUUGCUGUUUUGAAUGACAGGCAAUUGCUGUAAGCAAAAGUUUUAAACAGAGUAUCCCCUUUGUAUUGAAUAGUUCUUGUUUAGUUGGUUGCUAAUAAUGCAAUGACCCUCAUGAGGCACCCCAAUAUUAACCACACUACUUGGAAGUUGUCCCGUUCCUUUCACAUUUUGGUGCUCCCUGUAUCCCACACAUGCUUGAAGGCGAAGCCUCUGAGAAAAGGAACCGCACAGUAUGCAGAGUGUGUGCAAGUGUGGCAAGAGGGACAGCUCCUUUUCCAGAGAUAAUGAGGAGCAACAGUAUCUGGAAAUCACGUACGUUAUAGUUUAUAAUCGGUGGGUUGGAUUCAAUCUACGUUGCACUUAGGUCCCACUGAAAUCAAUUUGAAAAGUUUAGUCAUGAGUAAUUUUAAUCCCAUUGAUUUUAAUGGGAGAAUGCAAUCAGCAGAGCAAUCCUUAACAGCUCCUGCAGGAUCCAUCCUGAUAAUCCCAUUUUGCGAGUUUUGCACUGUCUAUCCCCCUGAGCACAGCAGAAGCCUCCAUCACAGCAAAACCAGGCAAAUACAUACCAUCUCAGAGGGUUAGGACUGCAGCCUAACUUAAGUUGGGUCAAGCCUAGUGCAUUUAGGGCUGAGGAUUCAGAUUAUGUAGGUGCUGCACACAUUUAGGUGUCUGUGUAUUUGCAAGUAAUAUGGGCAUUUUGUAUUUGCAGUACCCACAAGGGUUAAGAAAUCAGAUAUUUGAAAGCAGCUAUUACGGUAACAUUCACUUGCCACACAACUCUAGCUGCAUGAUAAAAUAAAUCUAGAAGCUUUGUAACAAAAUUAUUUAUUCAGUGAUUUGAAGUGUAUGUUUUGAGAUAGGUUGGAGGGGAAAUUCUUAUGAUUAUAUUUUCCGCUAAAAUUGUAUAACUUGGACAUUUCGACUCAAUUAUACGUUUGAUAUGGUUUGACCAAUAUAAAAGCAUACUAGAUCGUUAUUGUUUAAAUUUAAUGUGUUGCUGGUGGCAGAAAUGAGUUUUUAAUAACUUGAUUAAUUUGGAUAACAAAAACAUGCUGAAAUGCUUGCACAACUGUUCUAAUUGCACAUUUCUUUAAUUUAAAAAUGGCAUAAAAAUAUGGGGCUGGUUACUUAAAUCUGUGGGGUUAUUAUUCUUUUUUCUUUUCUUAAAAUGUCCAUUGAAUAGGAUCUGGGAAAUGUGAUGAUGCAUACUUAUUAGUGCACUCAUUAAGGUUUCUUGUGAUGGUUGCUUCAUAAGCUACCAUUUUAACUAUGUUUACAACUAUUAUUUUUCCUAUUUUUGUCUCUCUCUCACAGAAUAGCUUUUAGUGAUAUAUUUUGUCUUUUAAUUAAAAUAUAAUUAAGGAACUGCAAUUGACUUUGGCCAGCUGAACAUUUGUGCUUUGACUUCACCGGUGUUCUCAAGAAGUAGAAAGCCUAACUGAAAAUGUGCGGUAUUAGGAUGAGAUUUUUGCAUUAAAAUACACCAUGUUAUUGAGAUUAGUUGCAAAAACUUUGAAAGGUGCAGCUAUUUUGUGGGGGGAAUCAUGGCCAACUUUUCUCAGAGCGUGUACAAACCAACACAUAGUCUUAUUCUAGAGAAUUGGCUUUUCAGUUACUUCCCCACAGGGAAACCUUGAUUGUCUGCAAAGAGAGCCCUGUAUAUCUGCCAUAGAAUCUGCUUGUUGCACAGGAUUCUGGGGAGUAUUUUGGUGUGCACUCACAAAGGACUUUAGGAAGGUCUGUUGCAGCCCAGCUGUUACUCCUUGCAGACUGAGUACUCCAUGCAGGACACACAUUCCAGGAAACCCUCUCCUGAUCCAUUGUUACCAGUUUUGUUUAGUUUUUCUGAGGAUCCCUUAAUAAGCAUCUAUGGAACUCUUGGUUCCUUAUGACCAUAGUUUGAACCACUGUUAUAAAUUAACAUACUGCUCCUACUUGUAGUAACAAUCACUAAAGCUGAUUAAAAUCAUCAUCAAUUCCCCCCUUCCCCCACAAAAAUCAUUCUAUAUACAUCUUUGAAAAUUGGAAAAUCUACUCUUCUCCCUUUCUGCUGUGAAGGACAAUCUCUGCGAUUUGCUUAUGCCUUAGUAGACACGCUUAAGGCCUAAAAUAGUGAAUUUGGGAGCUGGGAUCCUUCUUGUUGGUAGGUAGCUAGCUAGCUGGUGAGCAUUUCCUGGAAGUGGGGAUGAACCUGGUGUUUAUAAGCAUGCUGUGUUCUUGGACUUGUCUCUCCCAAAAAGGAAAGGUAAUCUAUUUGUAGUGAUUGUCUGCUACAGCAGGAAGACAAAAAGGGAUUCAGUGGAACUAAAUUCAGGCCUGAGUCAAAGGAAGCUUGAAGAUGGAUGGGUACACAAAGGACUUCUUCAACUGCUCAGAUAGGAAACCUGUAUAACCAUAGGUUGUGUGCAGAAUACUUCACAUGCUUUGAUUGUGGCAUUUACGGCACUUCAAUGUGCUGGGGGUAAUGGAUCUAUGUAUGUUGAUCCUGUCUGUAUGCUAUCAAAUAAGCCAACAUAGUAUCAAAUGACCUGAAGUGUUACCAAAAAAACCUUUUAGAAAGUCCUUCCGUAAAGUUAGUCAUUAGAUAAGAAUCCUCAUUGUAGUGAUAUUGCGGUGUUUGAAUUUUACGAAUAUUAAUCGAAGUGAGUAUGUUUUCUUGCUAUGUAUUCUGCUAUCUGUUUGAAAACUGAAACAACUGUAUUUUUUAUUUUUUAAAAAUAUGCUACCAAUAUUGAAUUUGGGGUUUAAUCGUGUCGUUUAAACAAUUGGGAUUGAUUCCUUUUGUCACUCUUACAGAUGCCAUGAAUGCAGUGUUUUUCUCUCCAACCCCCCUCCCAGCGCCAUUUUCUGCAACCAGAAAAAAACUGUAUAAUUCCAUGGAGCAGCAAAUUGUAAAAAAAACUUCUAAAAUGUACACAAAUAAAAUUUUGUUCUCAAAUAACCU